UCAACCAUGGUUGUCGUGCCGGUGGCAUGCCACCCGGUUGAACCUGGUUCAACCUGUGCCGGUCAUGAAACCGGCAUGACACCACCGGUAUGACCGGUAUGAUCGACUUACGCAUUCUAAGUAAAAUGACAUCAUUUUAAUGAACUUAAUACAAUAAUACCAUUCUACCGUCAAACUUUAUUAAAGAAGCAUACGACGAUAAGAGACCAAGCAACAAUUACUCAACUCAUAAACCCCACAAAAUUACAUGGAAGUUUAAUGUUACUGAUUGUUGUCGAGCAACUGUGCGCAAUUCUAACUUUCUAGUGUGCUCAUUAUAAAACUCUUCCUUUAAAUUAUUCUUAUUUGAGUCCAAGUCACUAUUACAACUAGGAUAGGCAAUGGAUCUUGUAAGCCUUCAAACACUCCAUUAUUUUUGGCCUAUGUUUGCGGCUCAUGUAGGUAGGUCUAUUAUUUUCGACCCUAACUAUGAGGAUGAUCGUAAUUAGUUAGUCGGUUAACCGUGUAACCAUUGGUUAGUUAUUAGCUAAAUUUUGCUAGCAAAAAUUGACCGUUUGCUAUUUAAUCGGUUAUCGGGGUAACCGUUAAGCACCGGUUCUUGUUUGGUUUUAGGUUACCCCAUAACGAGAUAACUUUACUAGCCCUUUGUUACCAUACCUAUUGAAAGAUUGACAGCAAGUCUUGGGCCUGGACAUCUUAGCUAUUGAUCCAUUAUCAUUCAUUCGUAAUUGAAAUUAUUGUUCGGAUUCCCACCAAAAAAGAAAAAGAAAAAGAAAUUGGGUUAAUUACAAGGUUGGUCACUGAGAUUAUUAAAAAGGUUCAUGUUUGGUCACUACAAAUACUUAAUUUCGUUCGCGGUCACCAAAAUUAGUUAAACACUUCAAGUUUGGUCACUCUCCGUCCAACUCCGUUAACUUUAUUUGACGUGGCAGUCAACUUUCAUAGUUGACCGUUAAAUUGUGAUGUGGCAAUCAAAAAAUAAUAAAAAAUUAUAUUGAACCUUUUAAAAUUUACACCUCAUUUCUGCAACAAUUAGAAAAAAAAUAAAACUUAAUUUCUUACAAUUAAUCCCUAAACAAAGUGUGGGAGCACGAUAAAAAAGAAACCGGUCCCCUAAGCAAUCAAUCGUCCACAAUGGAUGCAUCGCGACUUGCCCAUCCCCAUAUUCUUCACCAUCUCAUCUUCUGCGAAUCGCCAUUUGAAAAAUCUUGCCCUGUAUCUUACAGCCGCUUCUUUGACUUCUUCUGUGUCGUACGCGGAAAGGACAAUCGUUGUCCGCCGACGCCCUCGAGUGGACGAGGAGCACUUAUCUCAACUUUCGUCGACCUCGAGGUUAGAGAAUUUGAAACGGCGCAAAUCCGAUUCCGCCUGCUGGCUGCAACAACCAGCAGCUGUGGUCAUCGAUUCGAUGCCAUGAUUAGCAAGCAACAAGUUGCCGCAUCCGUUGCGUUGGACACGGUCAGCGGGGCUUGUGGCUACGGCAACCUGGGUUGGGAUGGGUACGGGAUGGCCACAGUCGGGCUCAGCAAGUCACUGUUCAAGUGCGGCUAGAUCUGCAGCGUAUCGAGCUCCCAUGGCGGACGAAGCAGCAAUUAGAUAUUGCGUCGUCGUCGUCGCCGUCGCCCACGGUGACCGCAAGUAGUACUAAGGCUGUUGAUGUUUGUAAUUCAAUUGCUGGUGGUGGAAUUGAUGAUGCGCCGCCAGUGGUGGAUGGGACAGUCUCAUGGCCUGAGGAAGGGAUUUGGAGAGCGAUUGAGGUGGCUAGGGUUUGGGUGUUUAGGGAGUUAUAAGAAAUUAAAUAUUAUUUU